AUGUUCCAUGCGAGGCGUUUCCUUUAUUUGUUUUUUAAAUAUUUUUUGACUAAUAAUAUUAUUUUUUUUAGAAAUCAAUUUAUUAUUUAUUCAAUCUCUUCAAUAAUUCUUAUUAAAAUGGCCAUUGAACUAGAUAUUUUAUCAAAAUUGCCUUUUUGGAAAAAAUUGAGAAGACAAAUAUUGUUAAAAGUAGUCCAUGAUAAUUUUUUUGAGUAUGAUGAUUGUUUUGUGCCCACUAAUAUUGUCCAUUCUGCUCAAAAAAAGAAUAUUGCGGAUAUUCGUGAAGAUGAUCGUGAAACUGUCCUUUUUGACCAUUUUUUGAUCAACUGCAGACGAGGAAUGAAUACUCCAUUUAUUCAAUGUGUUCAAGCAGAAAACAAAAUUAUUUGGUUUUGGUCUGAUGAUUAUUUCAAAAAACAAAAUGCCAAUUUAUGUCGAUGGUUGGAUGAUUGUUUUAGAAUGGCUACAACACUAUUCGAAUUACAAUUGAUUACUACACGUCUUCGCAAUGACAAAACUCGUGGUUACAUGAUCAACGUUUUCUGUUCCUUUGUCGUUCGUUUUCUUCGUAAAAAUGUUUUUGAUCCAUUGGAUGAAUUAUACAAAAUGGAAGGAAAGAAUUUGCUUACAUUACAAAAAUGUUGUAUGGAUUUACAUUCAAAAUUUUUGAAGCCUCUCUUUAGGAUUGCAAAUCAAAUUGAAAAGGAGGACAUAAUUGGCGGAGAAUUUAUCAACUUUUUAUUUGAUCAAAAAUCCCUACACGAAAAUCGUUUUUUAACUUCCAUUUUGGAUGAUAUAAUUUCUUUGUCAAUUGAAAGAUAUUACCAAAUAAUUGUUGAAUGGGUAUCCUCAUGUACUUUAGCUUUAGAUGUUGGACAUGAAUUUUUUAUUUGGGAUUUGAGGAAACAAAAUGUUGUUGAUCGGUCUAGUUUUGAUGUAACGGGGAAAUUGGAUUGGUCGGAUUUUGACAAUUAUUUUAUUUUAAUUCCACAAUUAAUUCCUGUUGAUUUUUUACCUGUGAAAGAUCAAAUUUUUAAAUUUGGAAAAUAUUUGUAUACAAUGAGGCAACAAAAUGCUGGUUUAACUCUUCUUUCAUUUCAUUAUUCAUUGGAAGCUUCAGUUUUUAAAAAUCUUUCACUUGGCAAAUUUUGUGAUAAAAUUAAUGAAUUAUUUGAGAAAUGCUCUACAAAUACUCUUGAACAUUUUAAACAAAAAUAUGAUAUUAUUAAUUUUGCAAAAAAACUUCCCAGCUUCUUUAUUGGAUUAAAUACAAAUUGGAUAUACGAAUUGGGAGAAUUAUUUGAAAAAAAUAAUUUUACAAAUAUUGAUAUUGAAAAAUUGACUUCAAAUAAAUUAAAUGGACUUCUGACACAAGCAUUUCGAUAUGCACAACUUGACACUUCUAUGCAUUAUAAAUAUUUUGAACUCAAUAUCUCUCCCUUUACCAAAAUCAAAAGUGAAGGAAUUACACCCAAAAAAGGCACAUUCCCAGCUUUAGAAUUAAAUAUUGCCCAAAACAAUCAUGUACUUAAAUUGGCUUUUCCUGCAAAAAUAUUGGAGCCUUAUAGAAGAGUUUUCUUUCUUUUGUUUGUUAUUAAUCGGGCUAGAUAUUUGGUUCAUAUGUAAGUUUUUUUUAAAUAUUUUUGUAG